UCGCGGACCUUGGGGUGCACAGAGUUGGUCCAUCGGUGUCUGCGGGGUGGCAGCGUCCCUGUGGGUCGCGGGCACAGACGUAGCCCUCAACAUCCUUGACUUCCAUCUGAAUACAUUCUAGUUCAUCCAAUGUUACAUCAUCAGGAUAACAGAUAUGGAGAUCUCUACCAGGAUUUGGAGAAUAGUUUCAAUGGGCACUAAAGUUCUGGACUAGGUUUGUUAAGAAAGGUAGAUGGACUAUAAGGCAAUUGCACAACAAACUGCUGAAGAAGUUUUAGCUUACGCUCAAGAUAUAUCUGGCUGGAAAGUAGUUAAAUCUUCAUUAAUUUAUUUCUGGAUUUUAUUCCCCUUUGAGAAAAAGAUAACUGUUUCCAGCAAGACCUCUAGAAUAUUCCUCGGAAAUCUAUAUCGUAUUGAAGGAAUAAUUCCAGAAUCAACAGCUAAACUCUCCAAUUUCCUCUACCAACCUGAGAACAGAGUUACAUGGGACAAAUCAUUGAAAGGAUACAAUGUAGUACACAAGAUUGAUUCGGACACAUUUAUAUGCCAUACCAUUACACAAAGUUUUGCCAUGGGCUCAAUUUCCCCUAGAGAUUUUGUCGACGUAGUAUACAUCAAGCACUAUGAAGGGAAUAUCGACAUUGUCUGUACUAAGAGUGUGGACUUCCCAGGAUACCCCCCAUCAUCACAUUAUAUCCGUGGCUAUAAUCAUCCUUCUGGCUACGUAUGUUCACCUCUCAGAGAAAACCCAGCAUAUUCCAAGCUAGUGAUGUUUGUCCAGACAGAAAUGAAAGGAAAACUGCCUCCAUCGAUAAUUGAAAAAUCUAUGCCUUCCAACUUACUGAGCUUCUUCCUCAAUGCAAAAGAUGGUGUGAAGGCACAUGGAAUUCCAUCAAUACGUGGAUGUUACAAUGGGCACUCAUCAGUGUACAGAAAGAAAUAAACCAUUCUGCCAUUAAACCAUAGAGAUUUCAGACCACACAGACUGCUAGUAAGUGUAGUUUGUUACUGCAGACUACUUCUAAGUCAAUAUGCAUACAUUUGUUAUAUAUCUCUAGACAUUCUUGUACAGAGGACUUGAAAUAUUUUGUCAAAAUAAGAACUCCAUUGUACAAGAAAACUCCAUUAAAUACAGUUUUUAAUCUCACAUGACAUUAAAUAAUGUGCUAUUAAUACACUUUGCCCACCUGAAUAUGCUCCAUAUUCAAAUCAUAAACAAGCAUGUAUAGUCAGCAGUCAGCAUUAAUUAGAAAUUAAUUAUCUGGGGAUGAUGGCAAGUACCUGUAGCCCUGGCACUGGAGAGAUUGAGAUGGGCCAGCAGAAUGAGACUGGCCUGAGCUACACAGAAAGACCCUAUCUCAAAAAUAAAUAAAAAGUAUAUUUUAAA